CUGGUGGUCAUGUGAUCUCAACGCUCUUAAAUCAAAAUUUAAAAUCGUCCCCAAAACUCGACUCAAGAAACCACUGUAACCGUUUCGUUUACAAUAAUACAUUUUAAAAUCUGUGUGACGCUUUAAAUGCAUCGUUAUUCCGGAAAGAUUGAUCGCAGAGUCGGGUAGAGGGGACCAAGUUUACCCGUGCACUCCUGGCUGCCGGAAGCGGUGGGCGCAUGCGCGACUUUGGCAAUGGUGCCGGUGGCAAUCGCGGGUCCUAAAUACAUGCGCGUCUUGAGGAAUAUUUUAUUCGUAAAGGGUCACAGUGGGCCUGUGGCGGAGAGCGUGCGCGCGGCCAACACUAGGGUAAUGGUUCCCGGCCAUCACCAUCAACAACAUUGUAUACAGCUUGUCAGAAAUCGGGAUUAUGAAGGUUUCCUGUCCUCUCUGCUGCUUCCUGCUGAAUUCCGUAACUCAGUAUUUGCAUUAAGAGCAUUCUAUGUGGAGUUGGCUCAAGUUCAAGAUUUAGUAUCUCAGAAGACAAUAGGCCUAAUGAGGAUGCAGUUUUGGAGGCAAGUGAUUGAAGAUAUUUACAGUGAUAAUCCUCCUCACCAACCUAUUGCCAUCGAGUUGUGGAAGGCAGUUAGAAAGCACAAGCUGACGAAGAGAUGGUUUCUGCGAAUUAUUGAGGAACGGGAAAGGAAUUUGAAUGAGAAAGCGUUUACAAGUAUCCAGGAGCUGGAAUCCUACGCAGAACACACUCAGUCAUCAUUCAUCUAUCUCAUAUUAGAAGUUUUAGGUGUAAAGGAUAUCCAUGCGGAUCAUGCAGCCAGUCAUAUUGGAAAAGCUCAAGGAAUAGUGACAUGUCUGCGUUCAACUCCUUAUCAUCGUAUGCGACGAAAGGUUUACCUUCCGCUGGACGUUUGUCUACUGCAUGGCGUGUCCCAAGAAGAUUUUAUUCGAGGAAACUGUGGAAAAAAUGUGAGGAAUGUCAUAUUCGAUGUAGCAAGUCAGGCACAUGUUCAUCUUGAACACGCCCGAUCAUUCCGUAAAAAUGUUCCUUCAAAGGCCUACCCAGCAUUUUUUCAAACGGUUGUUCUCGAUGACUAUUUGGACCGAAUCCGUAAAGUCGAUUUCGAUGUGUUUCAUCCCAAUCUGCAGAAGAGAAAUACAAUGCUUCCUUUCUACUUGUAUAUACGUUCUUGGAGGAAAAUAUAUUAAUUCAAUCAAGGUUUCAGUAAUAAAGUUGAACCAUGGUGGUCAUUUUUUAAAAAAAUGUAAAUAUUAUAUAAGAUAGAUAUGAACAGUUUCUGUCCUUUUUAUCUUGCAUGAACUGGGUUCAAAUUCAGAUUGGACUGACAGGAUGAAAGUCAAUUCUGUGUCUACUUGAUAGGUCUCACAAGAAAACAUUUGGGAUUGACUAUCACUUCUAUUGUUCCGAUAGUAAGGUCACAGAAUAAAAUGGCUUACAAUUCAGCACUAAUCUGCAUAUUUGCUGUAGAAUGUGGUCUAAGAUUUUUGACUAAGAAAUGUUGAAAAUACUUGAUGUUUUGCCAGAGUUGCAUCUAAUCUGAGAGUACCUACUUUUGACAUUGGUGACAGAGGUAAAGGAACAUAUUCCACUCUUUGGUAUUAAUGUUCCAUUCUCCACCAGCGAUAGUUCUAAUAUCAAAGUCAAAAACACAACCCUUAAGAUUUUUUUUACUGUUCUGUUUGAAGCAAAUAAUGGUAACUUUAAAUCGCAUCUUUUUAAUGUAAUAUGGUAUUAUAAGGUGCUUUACAAGAGUGUUACAAAAUUUGACGAGUCACAAACGCAAUAUUAGGGAGGAUGACCAAAAGCUUGGUGCAAGAACUAGAUUUUCAAAAAUACCUUAAGAUAAUUGGAGAGAUAUAAAGAUAGAUUUUUUUUUUAGAGCUUUGGAGCUUGGCAGUUGAAUACACAGCCGGCAGUGGUUGAGUAAUUAAAAUUGGAGAUGUUCAAGAGGCCAGAAUUAAAGGCAUGCAGCUGUCUUGGGAGUUGGAUAUGUUGUAGAGUUGGUGAAAAUUUUAGUACUAAGGUGGUGACGUGAUGGGUUUUGAAAACAAGAAUGUGAGCCUUAAUUUGUUAAUGUUGCUUGAUCUGGAGUUAAUCUGGGUCCUUGAGGACGAGGGCCAUCGUGGUCAACUUAAAAAUUUGGAUGGUGAAUCGGAUGCACUGGGAGCUAGGGACACAAGCAACAAAGUUUUUGAUUGCCUCGAGUUUACAAAAAUAGGACAUGGGAGGCUGACCUCGUGUGGGUUGGAAGAGUCAAGUUGAGAUGUAAAAAAGCAUGAUUGAGGGCUCCAGCAGCAAUUAAGAUGAAAUGGGGGACAGAGUUGAACAAUGUUGCAGAGGGGAAAUCAGCAUCCUUGAUGAUGGCAGGGGAAUGUGAUUGGAAGCUCAUUUCUGGGCUGAACGGGUGAAUAAUUGAAAUUUGUGAAUUAGUUAUUUGUUCAAACAACUGUCUUUCUUUUCCUGUCCUCCUUUUAAGUGAGUUCUUCCAGAAGUAUAAUGGAAUAGUUCCAAUUACAAGUAGAUCCUAUGAAAUGUUUGGUGUAGUCUCCUCUUAAUCCACAAAUUUUUUUUUUCCGGGAGAUUGUCCAUCAGAUAGUGUGCUCUGAGCUGUAUUGGAUCUCUUACAUAUCUCUAAUUUUAAUUCUCUAAUGGUAAUUUUUUUUUUCUAGUUUCCCUGAAACAUGGAGUGCUACUGAUGUUAAUGUUAUGCUGUCCCGAUGACUAUCUCAUGGCCUAGAAGUUUGCAAUUUUUUAAAUGAGUGUAAUUUGCCUGAACAUGGCUAAACCAGUCCAAAAAUCCAAAUUUCAAGCACAAUUUCUAUUUCUAUGGUCUACUAGUUCGAACAAUAUCACUUGAUGCAGGUCUCGCCCCUAAAACUGGCCAAGCCGCCAGUUCAAACUCAUCCAUAUUGUGAGUUUCCAUGACCUGUGUCUAUCUGGAAGUCUUCAGGGUGCGUAUUAAAAUUAUGCUGUUUUAAUUUUGGGUGUAAGACCACUAAUAGGAACAUUUUAAAAGCUUUUGAAUGUAACUUUUUGAUUUUCUAAAAAAACUGACCAUUGUACACCAGUGUAACGAGUGGAAGAUUCUGUACAGUUUUCUAAAGUUAUUAAUUGUUAUUUAAAAACAACAAUGCUCAAGUGAUAGCGUGCACUGAUGUAAAAUCUUAUUUUUGUGGUAAAUUUUCAGUUGUUUAAUCAAACUGUGACAGUUACUAUGCUUAACUAUGUAAAUGAAUACGUUUUAAAAUAAAACAUUUUAGAAUCAUGAUUGUUAUGGUACAGGUGGUAGCCAUUUAGCCCGUCAUGUGUGCACUGGCCAAAAGUUCUAAAAUACUGUUCAGCUGUCCUGCUAAUGGAAGAUUUUACUACCUGUGAUAAACAGAUACUUUCGGGCAGACAUUUUGAGGAGAAACAUACAUCACAAACUCACAGAAGUGUUACAAUUGAAUGUCUCCCAAUCUAUCAUUUUUGCACUGGCUGUCCAAAGGGCAUUAUAACUGAGUGCUAUUCUCUUUGCCUAUACCCUUGUCAUUAGCUUAUAUUCAAACAAGCAUCUGGUGCCCUCUCAAGUUCCUAAAUUGAGCCUUCCUAGACCAAAUUUCCAAGCAGUGCAUUCCAAAUACAAAACAUUGUGUUACGUCACUCUCUCAUUAUUGAAUGUUCUCUGCCUCUGUCCUGCCAUUGUUAAUCAUCUGUGCACAUGCUCGCCCAGGUCUCUCUGCUCCUGCACCACCUUUACCCUUGAGUAUUGUCCCUCACUUUUUUCUAUUGUCUGUCCUUGUUCUUCCUACCAAAAUACAUUACCUCUUUUCCAUAUUGAAUUUGAUCUGCCACAGUCAAUGAAAUGCGCCUUGAUAUCAGGGGCAGUCGCUCUUAUUUUACCGCUUGGGUUUAGCUUAUUGUCCAUUUUUGGACUAAUGUCGUAAUAAGGCAUGAUCUGAAUGGCCCUGGCAAAGCCCAAACUGAGUGCCAGUGAACAGGUUAUUUGUCGAAUAACUGAAAGCAGAGUUGUAACUGUGCUGGAGCAGUUUGGCUCAGCGUGGCUAGUUGUAGGGCCAAAGUCUUCAUUACUACUGUCAGAAUAUUGUCAAGGCUCAUAGACUUU